UAAUGAAAAUCUAUAAAGAAUAUUAUGCACCUAUUGAAGAAGGUGCUAUUUCUAUUACAACAAAAACUUUUAAUGAUGUUCAAAGUCAUAUUUUUAAUAUUGGUAAAAAACAACGUAUACAAAAAGAAAAUGAAUUUGAUAAAUAUCUAAAAGCUUCUGUUGAAUCUAUAGAUACCGAUGUAUUACUUUGGUGGAAA